GUAUUCGUGUCGUUUGUGCUCGCUGGUCGCAGUCGUGAAUAAUUCGUUGAAAUGGAUAAAAAUUUGCAUCUUUUGUGUAAAAAAGAUUUUCGACAGUGAAUUAAAUCGUGUCGUUUAUUGUUUUUUAUUUCUAUUGUUAAGCGUUUUAUCUGUUUCGAAUACAUGUCGCGUCCCUUUGCAAAAUGUCUAAUUAAAAAAGAAAUCAACGCACAUCUACUAAUAUAUAUAUAUAUACAUAAAAUCAAAAAUAAAUAUAUGCAUUUACGCGCAGAAUUUCUCAUAGUGUGUAAUAAAAGUGUUAAAAUACUAAUAUGAAAUAUACGAGUAGUGUGUGCAACUAGCAACAGUAAACGCUAGAGAAAUUGAAAAUUAUAAAGCAACGCUGGCAAUUAUCAAUACAAAGCCAACACCCCAAUUCAGCAGACAACGUAACACUACCACCACUGCAAAAGCAAACGGAUACGGCAGAGAAGUUGUACAUACGUGCACUGCACUGCAUUGUUUGGUAAACAAACAAGACCCAACAUCAAUCAUCGAACAGGCAAAACAAUUGAGUGUUGAUACAUCCACCACUGACGCAGCGCAAACAGCGUACUAAAUCAGCAUUCCUUUAGUAUAAACACCCAAUUGCAGUGCGAAAAAUUGACGCGCCUUUUUUGUUUUAAGUGCCGUAAUCGUUGUUAUCAUUGCCAAAAUGGGCAAUUGCUUGAGUUCAGAGAAACCGGACAUUCCCAAAACACAGAUUGAGUGCCCACUCAAUGUGCCCAAUGUGGAUGGUGUAGGCAGUCAGCCGGCGGAUCAAAUUCGAGGUGUUGUGCAACAACAGGAGCAAAUACGACAAGUUCCACAAAUACCAGAAAAUGAAAUUUCCAAUGCGAAUGCCAAGAUAUUCGUAGCACUUUACGAUUAUGAUGCACGCACAGAUGAGGACUUAAGCUUCCGUAAGGGUGAACAUUUGGAGAUUCUGAAUGAUACUCAGGGCGACUGGUGGCUGGCACGCAGCAAGAAGACACGUCAAGAGGGUUAUAUACCAUCAAAUUAUGUUGCCAAAUUGAAAUCUAUAGAAGCUGAACCAUAUUUUGUAUGGAUAUAGAGGAGGAGGUAAAUG